CAUUUGCACAAACCGUGUCCAUCACUUACAUACAAUAAAAUGUUGCCUAAGCUAAGAAAGUUUUUUUUUUCUAAAUGUAAAAGGUGCUCUCGCAAUAAGCAUCUAUGAUUUGCUUAGAUUUUUCCGACGCAUGUCUUUAAUGUUAUUCCACUUGGAUUAAAUUAGCCUAUUUGCAUACUUCUAGAGCAAGGACAGUGAAUCUGGCCUACAGCUUGUUUGCUAUUUCUAAUCCUGCAUGUUUAUGCGCUAGUUUGUGACAAAAACCUUAACUGACAGCGUGACAGUUGAUUUGCAGUUCUAUUUUUUUUCUUCAUUUGACUGUCAUCCCAUCAAAGUAGCAUAUCUGUCGAAGUCUUUGAGUAUCUCACACAGAAUGCUAAAUAUGUACAUCCAAACCAGGAACCAGUGCCAAUUAUGCAUCGACAGCGAUGUCACCAAGAAUGUAACAUUUAAAUUAAAAUGAUGCCAUUUGAUUUCAAACUGACUUCUGCGGUGACGUCGCCCAUUAUAUCCUUUCGUUGUGUAAGAUGGGACAAAAACAACAAUGAAGAAAGGAGGAACUAUUCUAAAGGUCGCUGGCAGGCCUCAAAAUGUUUACUGAGCUGGAAGAGUUGGUCGUCGACAACAAUCUGCUUGGAAAUGACCUCCAGUUGCCCAGGUUACCCAAGCUCCACACCCUGACACUCAAUAAGAACCAACUGACUGAUAUCGAGGCCCUGCUGGAACACUUAGCUGAUGUGACCCCAUCGCUCGAGUACCUAAGCCUGCUGGGAAACGAGGCCUGCCCCAACCAGCUGGUGAGCCUGGAUAAGGAUGACGACGACUACCAGAGAUACAGGUACUUUGUACUUUACAAAUUGCCCCAGCUGAAGUUUCUGGACUCCAGAAAAGUAACAAAAAAAGAACUGAUGGAGGCACAGGCGAGAGGGGCGUUCAUGAAAGUGGUGAAGCCAAAGUCGGAAGCACUGCCUAACGAGGCAGGAUUAGAGAAUCGCCCACUGCCCUACACACCUCUGCCUCGAGGAUCCAGAGAUGCCGGAAACCACAAAGGGGUAUUCGCCAAGUGUCGCUACAUCUACUACGGCAACCACUCAGAAGGCAACAGAUUCAUCCGAAACGAUGAGCUCUGAUGUCCACAGGAUGCUCUCAGAGGAGUCGUGUUUUUUUUCUUUAUUUAUUAAAACCACUGGGGAUUUUUUUUUUUUUUUUUUUUUUCAAUCACCUAAUCUACUGCUGGAAAACAAAAGAUAAUUUUUAUCCAAAUAUGCUGUUAUACUUAUGCAUGAUGAAUACUUUUGUGUUCAUAUUAAAUUUUAGAGCCAUUGUUUUAGCCUCCUCUCCUGAGCUGAGCCUACUUCUGUUUUCCUGCUUGCAGCUCAGAGUCAGAGAUGACACUCCCACUGACAUGAUUGCCUCUAAGCAUCAGCUGCAACACAACUCACACACACACACACACACACACACACACACAUACACACAUGCACACACACAUACAUAGACACAAGGACCGUCUCCCUGCCUUAUUGUCUUACACACAGCGAGCAACAAACAUAUCCAGGCAAUUGCUUCCUUUUCUUUGACACCCAUGAUGGAUCACUUGUCCACAACAGCUACUAAUCAAGGGUGAAGGGGGUGGCGGUCACACACCUGGGCCCCGACAUGGACUCAUCUUCUUCAUUCUUGAUUUCUCUGUUUUGUUUUUUUUUUGUUUUUUUUUUCUUUUCUCUCCUGCGCUCGCUGGACUUAAACUGCUAUUUAAGUCAUUAAGAUAAGAGGUUGGAGAAACCGGUGAAAGCAGCAAUAGCUGAGAAUCGGUGUCUUCAGUAACAUGCACAGCAGCAUUCCAGAUUUUGACAUUGUUCUAGACAGUGAAAUUGUGUUUGUGGGAGCUGUAAAUAAGUUUCUAUUCUUAUUGCUGUUUACAUGUUACCGAGCAUUGUGGGAUUACAUCCUCCUACACCAUUUGAUAUGUUUGGCCCAUCUGGAGCCCUAAUUACCUGCAUGCCCUUCAAAACAUGAAGCUUUACUCUUUUUCUUGCCAUUAACGGUUCUCCUUUUGGCACCUGCUCGGUUCUCCACUAAAUCUGUUGAAAUUUCUGCUGGAUUCACUGUUAAAUUGGAAGAUUUUUUGUAUUCCUUUUUAACAAUUUUUACUAAAACAACUACCUUGGUGAGGAUCCCCAAUAAAAUCAUUCAUGCUUUCCAUAAAUUGACAUUCUUAAAGAUUUAGGCACCCUAGUCAAGUUAUUUAACAACUGAUCUCCAAAUUCAACUCUGUAGCAAACAGUAAAAAGUUACGGAUUAAAUAUCUGUAAAAACACGCCUAUGCAAAAUGUUCAUAAAAUGUUACCAGCAUUUCAUGUUUAAGGUUGGUGCAAGCACUUUAUCACCAUAAACACGAGUGCAUGUCUAGCUACUGACUUGUGCAAUGUGCACAGUUCAGCACACAUGGUUUAUAAACCCUAAAACAGCUUAAAAGAAAUGUGGCAAACAUUGAUGUUACCGAAAAGAGAGAUACAAAGUGAACUUAUAACUAAACUCAGCUAACUAGUUAAUGUUAUCUAAGUGAAAAAUUCUGUGAAGUGAAAUUAUUCUCUAGAGCGAACUAAAACCAUUAACACAAACCACUGACUAUUUUCUUAUCACACAACAUAAUUUUUCCAUCUGUCCAUUUCUGGUAGAAGUUUAUUGAAGUCCGAUCAGAUUGUUGUACAGUUCAAAAUGGCUUCCUGUUGAGACUGAUGAGACUCGUUCCGAUCUUUUUUCUAACCUAACAAGUUAAAACAACCCAGCAGUGAAAUGUCAUCAACUUACAACAUAACUGAGUUGGACCACAACAGGUAAAACUAAUCAAAUGGAGUGUAAAAUUUAUCUUUGGUAUAUUUUUCCUAAAAACAAUAGAAAUGUCGGACUGAAAUAAUACUUUACUACCGGAUUCUUAUAAUUCAUCUAGCAUUAUUGUUCUUAAUCCUGUUGAGUUUUUUUUCCUACUAUGUCUUAGCCUUUGUUUGUACUUGCUGUGGUGUUUUCUUUGUUUGUACUGAGGCACACUUUCAGAUAUUAACAAGCUGUGAAGACAUGCACUGGAGUUUCUGUUUAUGUGAAUAUUAUUGUGUUUUUAUUAUUACUGUUAAUCUCGCACACUGUGUUUCUGGUAUGAUGGCUUCAAGGGAACCUUCCAGAUGAAGAUUUUGAACAAGCAUUUAAUUUCUAACAACUGAUCUAAGAAAAGAAAUAUAUAUCAUUGUUGUGUGAUUAAAAGGGCUGAACUCAAAUA